UAAUGACUUUAAAAAACAAAUUGUUUCUUUAAUUAAUUUUACAAAAAAUCGGUGUUUAGAAAUCGUUUUCAAAAAACAGAAUCGAUUUUUUCAAUAAAUCGAAAGGCCUUCAAUUAGUUAAAAAAAAGUGAAAAUCGAAACGAAAACAUCGAUUGUUCGAUUAAUCGAUUUCGAUUGCGCAUCACUAGAAUGAACACAUUUUUGGCGUUUGUUAAUGUUAAGCUGGGGCGGGGGAGUUAAAACCUUAAAUUACAAAAGUAGUACCCAAAAGUUUUAUACCGUGAAAAUUCGUGUAGACUGACCAUAGUCCACGAAUUUUCAGUGGUUCCAAAAUCUUCGUUAUUUACAAAAAUAAGAAAAUAAAAAUCAUCAUCAGUGUUUCCAAAAAGGAUUUUCUUCUUGUUUGCCACACCCAAGAAAUUAUCUUUUGGUGAUUUGUCUCCAGUGAAUCUAUUCAUUUAUAUUAUAUUCUGACCCUUUUUGUUAAAGUUUGUAAUUAAUCAUAAUCCAGUUGAAAAAUGACAGAAAUUCACAACUUGGGCUUAGACAUCAUUACUUGUCAUGCUUGGAAUAAAGAUCAAACAGAAGUAGCAGUGUGUCCCAAUAGCAAUGAAGUCCAUGUCUAUAAACACUCGAAUUCAGGAUGGAAGUCAACUCAAAUACUAGAAGCUCAUCAUAUGAAUGUCAUGUGUCUCGAUUGGGCUCCUAAGACUAAUAGGAUAGUCACAUGCGGAGCUGACAAAGAUGCUUACGUAUGGAAUCAAGAUGACGCUGGUAAAUGGAUACCGGCGUGGGUUAUAUUGAGGAUGAAUCGCGCUGCAGUUUGCGUCAAAUGGUCCCCGUUAGAAAAUAAAUUUGCCGUCGGUUCAGGUGAUAGAAUGAUAGCUGUAAGUUAUUUUGUUUCGGGUAAUAAUUGGUGGCUUUCAAAGCAUAUAAAACGACCAAUCCGAUCAACUGUAACUGCAAUUGAUUGGCAUCCAGACAACAAAGUUAUAGCGUCAGGAUCGACUGAUUUCAAAGUACGUGUGUUUGGUGCUUAUAUUAAGGAAAUGGAAGAUGCACCAAGCUCAGGACCAUGGGGGGCUGAAUCACCAUUAGGUACUUUACUUGCCGAGUUUCCCAAUUCCCCUAAUGGUGGUGGUUGGGUUCAUUCGGUUGCUUUUAGCCCUACAGGCAAUAAACUAUGCUGGGUUGCUCAUAAUUCAUCCAUUUGUGUUGCCGAUGCAACUAAAGGAAAUGCAGUUAUGAGACUUUCUACAGAGCAUUUACCUUUUUUAAGUUGCGUUUGGAUUGGACCUAAUUUGAUUGUUGCAGCAGGACAUAGUUGUAUGCCGAUGCUUUAUUCCUUUGACUUGAAUGGUCAGUUAUACUUCGUAUCGAAAUUAGAUAAUUCGCAGAAAAAAGAAGCAGCUGGUAUUUCUGCCAUGAGGAAAUUCCAGUCACUUGAUCGACAAGCUAGAACCGAAACCAAUGACAGUGCACUUGAUAGCAUCCAUCAAAAUACAAUAACGUGUGUUCGAAGAGUUUCUUCCAGUCAGUUUAGUACAAGUGGUUUAGAUGGCCAACUCGUAGUUUGGGAUUUGAAGAUUAAGAAAAUCAAUUAUCGCUUUACGCUGGAAUCGAACCCCGACCGAUUCGGCGUCGCUCGAGAGCUUCAUCAACUAAGCCAUCCCGGCCUUUGCCAGCCUACGUUUACUUUGCCCACAUCUAUUAACCCAUACUCUGGCCUUACGGUCAGUCCUAUUUUUUAAUCUUAAACACAUAAAUUAGAAUAAAAAUGUUAUUGCCAAUAAUUUGAAAAAAUGUUAUAUUUUAACAAAAUACUGAACAGAUUAUAUGAAU